AGCAGCAUAGACUGCGUUUGGGCGUUUGGGAAUUGAGAUUUGCCAUAAAACGCAGACAACUCUGCUCUACUCUCAUGGCGGACGCCGAGUUCUCCAUCCACAUCCUAUAGGCACAGCCAGCCAUACUCCUAAUCGACAUCCAACUCAGAGCAUGGCUACUCUUCCUCUCAAACAGUUUCUCUUUCUGUAUCUAAUACUCUUUUUUCGAUUCUUGUAUGCCAAUGCGGCCCUCCGAUCCAUCUUCGGGGAAGAAGAAUUCUCUGAGGAGUUGCUGCUGAGACCUUUACCAGAUCGAAAGGUUCUUGCCCACUUCCAUUUCGAGAGCAGAGCUCCGCCAACCAGCUCCAAUGGCCGCCACCACCAUCUUUUCCCCAAAGCCAUCUCUCAGCUGGUUCAGAAAUUUCGAAUUAAGGAAAUGGAAUUGUCUUUCACACAAGGUCGUUGGAACUAUGAACGUUGGGGUGGUUUUGACCCCAUACCAAGCAACAACGCCAAACCUCCUGGAGUGGAGUUAUGGGCUGUCUUUGAUGCCCCUCAGCGUCAAGUUGAUGCUUUAUGGAAGAAUCUAACUCAUGCUCUUUCUGGAAUGUUUUGUGCUUCCAUUAACUUUCUAGAAUCUUCAACCUCUUAUUCUGCUCCUAAAUGGGGCUUUCGCUCAGGUUCAGGCAGUCUGAGAUAUGGUACUUUGCCAAGGGAGGCUGUUUGUACUGAGAAUCUAACUCCUUGGCUCAAGCUUCUUCCUUGUCGAGACAAAGCUGGGCUUGCCGCAUUAAUGGAUAGACCAUCUAUCUACAAAGGAUUUUAUCAUUCACAGCGGUUGCAUUUGACCUCAACUGGAUUUGAUUCGGAUGGUGUAGAUUCAGGCAUCCUACUUGAGCAAACACUUACAGUUGUUCUGCAGCCUUAUGAAAGUAGAAUCAUUUCAACUUCCCAGGAAACAAAAUCGCAACCAAGUUGGUCUUUGACUUCAAUUUUUGAGAGGGAAGUCAAUGGAAGAUGUGUUCUUGCCAAGUCCAGUAAUGUAUAUCUUCAACUUGAUGGGGGUCUAGUUGCUGAACUAGAUAAUCUGCCGAAAGAAAAUGAAAUGUCUGUUGCUGAUGAUAUAGUUUAUGAAGGUUUGAGGAGUAGUCCUGGGUUUCAAUUGUCUGUCAAGCCUGACAAGGUACUGGAGGAAGUGAAUGGCUCCUAUAAGAGAAAUCCUUCACUUCUGUACGUAUAUUCACUUGAGAAGUAUAGCGAAUCAGAGCCAUUUGAUUUGGGCCUAACAUGGAAGCUUCCUAUAGUUUGGUCAUGUCAGCAAGCACCAUUACAUGCUAGUAGAUUCUUGAUGGGAAGUGGGAAUGAAAGGGGCGCUAUUGCUAUAUCCUUUAAAUCCACAGGAUUGAGUGAGGAGUUAUUGCAUUUGGAUACAACGGAAGAGAGUUGCAAGUUGCAGGUUAAGAUUUUCCAAGUUGUUCCUUGGUACAUUAAGGUGUAUUAUCAUACACUACAAGUAUUUGUAGAUGAAAAACCACAAGCAGUUUCAGAUGCUGUUGAGAAGAUGCAUGUUUCGCCUUCUGAAGACAAGGUGUCACCCGGGUCAAUGGAAGUGUUACUAAAGCUUCCUUGUGGCAUGAUAUCAGCUGUUGUAACUCUAGAAUUUGAUAAGGGAUUUUUGCAUAUUGAUGAAUAUCCACCAGAUGCUAACCAGGGAUUUGAUAUCCCAUCAGCAAUAAUAAGCUAUCCCAAUUUCCAAGCAAGCAUACAGUACAUGGAAGAUAAAUCUUUGGAGACUUUACCUAUUUUGGCAAAAUUUCAGGAAAACAGUUCUGUUCUGUCUUACACUGAAGUAUUACUUGUCCCUUUAACCACUCCUGAUUUUAGCAUGCCAUACAAUGUCAUCACUAUUACUUGCACAGUAUUCGCAUUAUAUUUUGGAUCUUUACUAAAUGUGCUUAGGCGUCGUGUUGCUGAAGAAGAGAGAUUUUUAAAGAACAAAGAUGCGAAAAACGCCAGUCCUAUAUCGAAGUUCCUAUCAAAGAUUGCAGGAAGAUCAUUGGAAACAUCUGAGUCGCCUUCAACAAAAUCGUCCUUCUUCAGUUUAAAGCUCAUACUCAAAGUUACAUUAGUGACUGGAAUUGCUGUUGUCUGGAAAUUCUAUUUGGAAUAAUCACAAGUAAACCUAUGUACAUUUUGGACCAGCUAAUUUUACAAGACUCUAGUAUGGAAAUCUCACCAUUUGCAAGUGGAGAUUUAAAAAAAAAAAAAAAAACUAGAGAAAAAAAAAAGGAGCAGCCACCACAAUAGCUUCUUCUACAUCAUUUUCCCUUGUUAGCUUCAUAUUUGGAUUCAUGGAACUGCAUCUAAGACGGUUGAUUGAAAUGCUUUUGGAGAAGUCAUUACCCUUUUCUGGUAUAUCUGAAACAAACCCCAUUAAUAUCAGCUAUGCUAUGAGGAACAAAACAAAAACAAAGAUUGAAACUGAUACAGACCAGUCUAAUCUAAUUUACCUGAUCUGUAUAGGUUUCAUUGAUCCUUAGCUUUUUGAGUAGGUUUAAGUCUUCAAGUAAUUGCUUUCUCUUAAAACCAAGCCCCUUGGAUAACAUGGGCAUUCCACAAAAAUCCCCAUAUUUACCUGAAACAAAAUGAACCAAACCAAUUCAUUCUGAUGAUUCUUCCAUUCUUUGAAUACUAUAUAUUUAUCCCUAAGACAAUUAUUCUAUAGGACCUCACUUUAAGCUAUGUCAACAGAAUUUUUCACUGUUUUCGAUUAGUGAAUAAUUUUUAGUAAUUUAUAGUACAAAAAACUAAAUAUUGCUGGCAUGACUAAAUGCACUUGUAAAUCGAUAUGUUUGAAACUAAUUUUUACUCUAAAUGCGUCAAAAACUAAAAACACCCCGAUAGAACACACACUCAAAGUAAAGCCCCAUAAAUAAAUAUAUAUAUAUAUAUAUAUAUUUAUAGACCUGAAUUAGCUUCUCUCAUCUUCUUAUUAGCGUUUGUUAAAACGGUAUCUUCCAGCUCUGGCCUUCCACCAUUGCCAAUCCCAUUCACAGCAUCAUCCUGAGGAUCAUGCGCUCCUACAAUAAGAAAGAACAAGAAUGAUAUACAUGAUCAUCAGCUGCAGCUACUGAUGAGUUUUACAGUCAAGUCACCCAAAACCCACAUGAAAAAAAGAAACAAGUUUUCUCAGAAACCAAACAAAGAAGUGGGAAAGUGAGGUUACUCUUGGUUCCAACUCUGCAGAGCUUGCCAUGGACAAUUAAGGCGUCAGCACAGUGUUUACCAGUGGAGAGUCGUUUAGCAGAGAAGAAAGAUAGGAGAGAGUUCCAAGUAAGAUAGGAGGAGAUGAGGUCGAGCCCUCUACCGAUAAAGUGGCCAUUGAUUCUGAGGGUUGAUGGGUCCAAACCAAACGCUGUGGCUAUGUACCCCAAGUCUAUCCUCUGGUCCACGCAAACGGCCAUGGGAAGUAGCUUCGAGAGUGAGGGACAAUAGAGUGUGACCCUUCUGGAUUUACCCUCUGACAUGUUCGUUGCUCUGGUAGUAGUAAUGGUAGAGAUUGAUAUGGAAGUUGUUUCUCUGUGAUCGGUGAUCGGUGAUCACUACCACCGCUACUCUCAGUAUUACAGUCUCUUCUUCUCUUCUAGUUUUAGUUCCAACGUUUUCUCGAAGAGUCUUCUUUCUGUAGAGGGGAGCUAGUCUUUUGCGGGCUUCAAUAUUGGGCCGUAAUUGGGCCUCAACUAAAAUUAGGUUAAUGAAUGGUAAAUGUCCAAAAAUAAG